AUGUUCAGGCAUGUCAGGGCGGAGGAGGAAAAUGCCACCAACCCUGCGAAGCUCGCGAGAUGCGGCAUCGACCUGGAGAAACUAAACAAUCAGCUCACGCCGUUCAACUGCGAGGCGCGGGCAUACGGCCGGCUGAAGGAGACGGGAAAUGAGGACCUGGCUUGGAAAUGCUACGGGUACAUCGUCCUAGACGAGCGAACCUAUGGCUCCAUCGUGCACAAUAGAAUCGGACUGCCACGCAAAGAGUGGUUUUCCCAAUACAUAAGGACGGACGCCGAAGUGGCCGACAGGCCCUUGUUCCCCAUCUACGCGGUGGUCAAGGAGUUCAUCGAACGGGACGCUCGAGAGCACGGCGCCUUCGAUAUCGACAACAUCCAGACCAUGGCCGAGACCGUCAAGAGGCUGCAUAGCAUCGGCAUCGCGCAUCGAGACAUACAAGACAGGAACUAUGUGGCCAACCGUAUCAUGGACUUCAGCACAUCUUGGACGGUGCCUAACGUCCGUCUCGACCGUGAGCUAGGAUGGGACACGAAGGACAUGAUCGACCAGGUCGACACCGAAGACUACUUCAUGUUCGAUAACAUGAUUGACAAAUGGAACCUUGAGAACCCGGACAGGACGUCACUCUACCGGCUGACCAACCCCGAGCGAUACCGCCCGGUCACAAGAAUACCGACUGGGGGAGAAGGCGGGCAACGAGGCUCGGCCUCCACGGCCUCAAGCGAGGCCUCCGUAGAAGAAAUCCCGCGGCUGGAGAGGCUGCGUGGCGGCUCGUCUGUCGUCCUCCCAUCAUCGUAUGACUGGCGGAAUCCAGCAUCUGCGCAGAACGACACCAGACCACCCGCCCCUGGGCCAGACAACGCGGCGCCACCUGUAUCUGUGCCGACCGGCACCACCGUCCCAACCAACACCAUCGUGCCGACCAACACCGAGCAGCCCGAGCAGCCCGAGCAUGAGGCCGCCGAGACCCCACCGCCACCACCAGCGGCGGGCGACACCCCUCCACCCACCCCCCGGCCCCGCAGGAGCCGGAACGCACGGAAGCUCGAGGAGAUCAAGGGCUGGAUGGACACGAUCGACAGGACGUGCGACCGCACGAAGGAGCUUCUCGCGGCCAUCGUGGCCAUAAUCGACGAGGACGGCGAGGACGACGGCGACUCGGGUACCCCUACUCCCCGCACCCGCCCGAGCCGGCCUGCUCAGCCUCUCAGGAGUACCGGCACGACCCGGGCUGGUCGUUCUCCCCCGGUGAUCUCGAGGGGGAGGAGGAGAAGUACGUCUUCGGGGACUUAG